UCCAGUCUUUACUAAAUCAUCUUGUAAAUUUCACCCUUAUUUUGUCCUUCACGCUCUCAUUUCACUCAUUAUGGGCACUUUGACUGCAGAUUGCCCACGUCUUGACAUUCAUUGCCCGCACAAGCUUGCCACAAGCUGUAGGCUGACUUCCACACCCAAUUGCUGUGCUUGCGCCGAUGAGCGCGUCCAUUCACGAACAUACCGAGUGUACAUUGACGGAGUUGGUUUUGUAAAUCGCGGCACAAGAUGGCAAGGCUACUGCUGGUUCUGUAAAGAGUUCUGGAGCAAUCGCCUUGCCGCCACUGACCCACCGCUUGAGAUCGCGCAGACACGUAUACCCGAGAUACCGGAUCAGACCGAGUUCCUAGAGCGAUGGUGGGAGUUUCAUCAGGGAUAUCGCAUCGCAAAGCUUCCUGAUGGCACAGAGCAACGCAUCGCUGUUAUAGGAGAGCCUUUUCAUGAAGUCAGCCCAGGCUUCCUACCCCGAACAUUAGAUCAGCUGCGCGCUGGCGUGGAGAACAAUGCAUUAAGGCCAGAAAAUAGGCUUAGGAGGCGAAGGUUGACAUCAGAGGAAGACCGGCCGGAGGAACCGCAACAGAGUCUAGAGGACGCGUUGGACGACCUUCUUCGAGAGGCUGAAGAGACCCCGAAUGCCAAUGUAACUGUUCCCACAGAGCCCCAACUGUUGGUAACCCCUCAGAUUCAAGAGGACCCCUCCGAACCGCCCCGACCAAUGACACGACGAGAGGCACAAAUACAGCUCGCACGAGAGCGUUUUGCUCGCGUGUUUGGAUCCCGCGAGGAACUAGAGCAAGACGAUUACGAGUCACCACUUACGCAAAUGUACACACGAGCGUACGACCGCCAUCGUCAGGCUGAACAGAGAAGAGCAGAGGGAACAGAGGUUGCGCCUCAGCUCGAUAGCUUGUCACCACAAGAUCGCCGUGAAAUCGAAGAACAACUACUUUGGGGU